AUGGUAUCAACGUUCAUAAACCAAAAUGACAUCCUAGCAAACUUGAUCCGCGGUAUUCAGAAUAUAUCCCUACCCGACUAUUUCCUGUCAGUUCACAUAUGGGACAGGGCCCAAAAAGACAAUGCUUCUUGUAGAUGCACUGACUGUACCACGGCUGAGGCCUCCAUGAACAACUUCAUAACCACCAACAAGAAAAUUCACUCAUACGUCGAUCCGACUUCCAUCAAGUCAUCGGAGGAGUUCUACUUCGAUUUGGUGUACACAGUCCUAUCCCAAUCUACCCACCACCCCCAUCUUGACUCAAUUCCGCGCUACUUAGUCAUGUCGCAUAUUACUCGUCCGCCUAUGCGCCUACAUGACUACUUCAAGCACAACUUGAGACCGCCCACCGUACCUCCCUGUACCUGUACGGGCCAGGAAUACCUCCUUUACAAAUCCUACUUGGUCCAUCAGCUACAAGCGAGCCUAUCAUGUAGAUUCCCCGGCUCAACCCUAACGCUAAAUGGCUUGAGUAUAGUUGCUCUUGCACCAAAGGUAACUUGA